AGGUUCGGAAAUGUCGCGAGAGAGAGCAAAAGGGACUAAAGGGAUAUGUGGCGUAGCUCCUCCGAUCCGUGGCGGUGCGAGCUAUACCAAAUACCAAUAGACUGGGACGCUGGCUUGACUAGUCCUUCUUCCUAAUGCAGUGUAGACAGCAAGUUGUUGCAUGUCGAAAUAUCUCUCGGAAUUGUUCUUGCGCAGAGAUGAACGAACGGAGAAAAGAAACCCGCUCUUCGGCUGGGAGUUACUCGUAGUUGGUUGUGACUGUGGGGAGGGCAGAGGGAAUGAAGAUGGACAUCCUUCAAAUUACUGUCUCCGACUCUCCAGUGCUCCACGGAAUCUGGAAAUCGUGAACUUGGUGCGGUUCACCUUUUUCAGAUCGGCGCUCUUCCUUUUCCGGAGCUGGGGUGUUUUUUUUUUCUUUUUCCCUUUUUUUUUUCUUUGUUUUUUUCUCGGAGAUCUUUCUUCUUCCCGUUCUCUUCCUAUCUACACCUGAUCCAGUAUUACCAUUCAUUCAUGGGGGUUGAGGAAGAAAUGGGGAUGGUCCAGCAAAU